AUGGGUUUCUACGAACUUGUCUCUGACGCCUUCUCCUCCUUCGGGUUCACCGAGGCCCAGGCUGAGGCUCCCGCUCAAGACACCGAGACCGAGACUACUACUCAGGAAGAGCCCGCCGAGAAGGAGGAGCCUACCUCCACCGAGAGCGCCGAGACCGAGUCUGCUGAGACUGAAUCCGCUGAGGAGACCCCCGCUGAGGAGGAGUCCACCGAGGAGAGGCUCCUGAGGAGGAGGCUGAGGCCGAGGAGGAGGAAGAGGAAGAAGAGGAGGAGGAGGGAGGAGGAAGAGCCUGAGGACCCCAAGCCCAAGCUCGAGGAGGAGUGCGCCCACUCCGCCGUCUGCGCUCCCUACAAGCACCACUACGAUGAGUGCGUUGAGCGCGUCACCCGCCAGCAGGAGGAUGAGGAUUUCAAGGGCCCCAAGGAGGACUGCGUCGAGGAGUUCUUCCACCUCACUCACUGCGUGACCGCUUGCGCUGCCCCCAAGCUCUGGAGGGAGCUGAAGUAAAUGACUCUUCCAUUGAGUGUUGAUUUCGGCGUUCCAUCCAACCCUCGCAUCGAUUUGGCCCACGAAUAAC